GCGCCUAGCGCCGCGCGGUAAAAUAAACGCUGGGUGGGCUCCGCGCUUCGUCGGAGGGUUUCGGUGUUUAAAACAGGUCUCUGAAAAUGUUCAGCAGCCCCCGAGGAACCCCCGGCUCGGGCCGGCGGCCGGGACCGAGAACCGGCGGCAGGAAGAGUCUGAGCGGAACGAGCCUGCUGUUUUCACCCAGGAGGGGUUCACACACAGCGGGCAGGGGGACUCCCACCCGAGUUCAGAACUAUGCUACGGUGGACUCUGUUCAUUUCGACGUGCAGACGUUUGGGUCGUCUCUGCCGGUUAAAGUGAUGGAAGCCCUUACAACGGCAGAAGCUGAUGAUCAGAUCUCUGUGAAGGUGGAGGAAUCUGGCUGGGCCUGGAUGGUGUGUGGAGAGAGGCUGAUCAUCUGGAAGAUCUGUCAGACUCCAGUUGCGAAGCUGUCUGUGUGUAAGGAGCUCCAGUUGGCCCCCAGUGAGUACGCGUACAGUGCUGACCUCAUCUCCAUCAGCUCCUCUGCCCCACUGGAGUCAGCCUCUGUACAGUCGGUGUACGUGUUGGCAGUGUCUCCAGAAGGUUUGGCCCGGUUCUGGCCAAGUCUUGCCCAUGAGGGGUCGUACACGGAGACGCCCACUGACCUGGGAGGACUGUGUAACUACGUCACUGCGGUCAGGGGUGGGAGCUUUGUAGUCUCCUCAUACCGUGGGCAGCUGUUGCGUGUGUGCCCGGAUGGUUCUGGAAAGCUCCUCCAGAGGCCGCUGCAGCAGGGGCAGGGAAUGCUGUCUGGAAUCGGUCGCCGCGUCUCCAGCCUGUUUGGCAUCCGUGGACCUCCAGCCGACACAACAGUGCACAGUGUGUUGUGGGUUAGGGACUCAGGUUGUCUCUACACUCUCAGUACCUGCGGGCUGAGCAAGUGGGAGGUCGGGGACAGUGCGGAGGUUCAGGUCCUGAGCUGGAAUGCCUGUCCGAGUCUCGCCGACAGCGUCGCAGACGCCAUCUGGGGCUCGGAGAGUAACUACGCUGAGAUGAAGGAGGGGGUGAACGUGUCCUAUCUGGACAUGCAGCUCAGCCAUGCUGGUUUGGUGGUUCUAGCUGCAGCGUGGCAUCCUGCUGAUACGCCCUGUUUGGCCUAUUUCUGCCUGGUGACACUGCCAGAUUCUGCUGGACCUGCCUCAAGUGAGCUCUCUGUAGAGGUCACUAAAUACAACCCCCCCUUUCAGAGUGAGGAGGAGCUUCAUAAGACCCGGUUGGUGUUGCCGUUGGCGACCAGUCCUGCAGCGUAUCUUUAUAAUGAAGAGCUGGUGUUUGCCUGCACCACUGGAACCGGACGCAGCGGACUUCCUGAAGAAAAACUGGCCUUCAGCUCUCCUGGCGACCGUAUCCGUGGCGGUGGCGUGUGUGCCAACCUGCCCGUGUUUUUCUCCCAGAAUAACGGCCUGGUGGCUGUGGUGGCCCGAGAGAGCGCCUCCAUCCUGCCUGAGAACAUGGAGGAGUCCCUCUGCACCUCAGUGGCUGGACCUGGACCGGAGGGGACUCCAUUGGAGACACCACCCAAAAUGGACACAGUGGCACAAGAAGACAAAACCAAACUGCUAAAACAAGCAUUCCUGCAGUUCUGCAGACAUGAUCUGAUUGGGGCCCAGAACAUGACUGACGAGCUUUUCCCCACUGAGGGAGAAGCAGGGGCAGGGGAGCUGGACGCCGUGGUGACGCAGAUCGACCUCGACCUGGUGGAUGAUUAUCCUGCGUCUGACCCUCGCUGGGCCGAGUCUGUGCCUGAUGAAAGCGCAGGAUUCACUCUGACCUCUCUGAUACUGCUGCACCAGCUGGAGGACAAAAUGAAAGCUCACCACUGCUUCAUGGACUUCCUGCUGCAGACUGGGCUUCUGGACCGCCUCUCUUCAGCCUCGGUGCGGUCGUCUUCCAUGGCGACGCGGCUGUUGCUGUGUGAACAUGCAGAGAAGUUGUCAGCAGCUGUGGUUUUGAAGAACCACCACGCCAAGCAGCCGGAGCUGGUGAACUCCGCCAUCCUCACAGCGCUGAAGAAGAGCGGAAAUGAUGUACCGGUCAGCCUUACACCCGCUGACGUCUUCUUCAGAGAGGUGUCUCAGAUUUCCUCAAUCUUCGAGUGUUUGCUGGAUGAGGAGGAGAAAUGUCUGAAGGAGAAUCCUGUUGGCUCUGUAAAAUGGGCUGAGGUCGUGCUAAACGUCAACACCAUCAUCAAGGACAUGCUGCAAGCAGCUGUGCAGUACAGAGAGACCAAAGCCUCCCUUUACAGAGCAGCAGAGAACGCUGCCCCGGAGCCAGAGUACAUUCCAUGGACAGCCUCAGGUGGAGUCGGUGGGGUGCGUACAGUCAUCGCGAGGCAGCAUGAGGUCAUUCUGCGGACGGUUUACCCUCACGCUGACUCUGGCCUCCGCAACUCCCUCAACGAACAGCUGGUGGCACUGUUGGACCUGCUGCUGGGCAGCUACGUAGCCCAGCUCACCUCACUGCGUCGCCCAGGGCAGCAGGAUCGCUAUGACGCUCUGGAGAUGGAGUACACGCAGCGCCGCUCCGAGCUGCUCACUCCACUGCUGGAGCUGGGUCAGUAUCAGUGGGUGGCGGCUCUGGCUGAGAAGUUCUGUGAUUUUGACAUCCUGGUGCAGAUGUGCGAACAGACGGACAAUCAGAGUCGUCUGCAGCAUUAUAUGACCAAAUUCGCUGACCAGAACUUUGCAGAUUUUCUCUUCCGCUGGUACAUGGAGAAAGGGAAGCGGGGGAAGUUGCUCUCUCAGCCAAUCGCACAGCACCAGCAGCUGGCCAGCUUUCUGCAGGCCCAUCAACACCUCAGCUGGCUUCAUCACAUCCAAAUACAGGACUUUCAGAGUGCCCACAGAACCCUGUACAGCCAGGCCAACGCAGAGGCGCGAUACUUCAGCAAGAAGAAAACACUGCUGGCCCUCAGCAAGCUCACAGCUCUGGCCUCUGACAUGCCAGAACCGCUGCAGCACAAACAGCUCGACGAUAUUGUGGAGCAGGAACGUUUCCUCCUUCAUCAGGAGACUCUACCCAAACAGCUGCUGGAGGAGAAACAACAGAAUCCAGACACCAUGCCUUUACUGAGCGCACACAACCUCAUUAAUUUGUAUAUAUGUGAAGAUAACCGUGGAGCCAAUGAGUACGACUUCAAGAAAGCCCUCGACCUGCUGGAGUACAUAGACGAGGAAGAUGCUGUUGAUAUUGAGGCUCUGAAGCGUGAGAUUUUCAGCAGAGCACUGAAGAAAGACUGGAAAGAGAACUGGUCAGCAUCAGAUGGUACUGAUGACCCUCUAGAAGCAGCCAAAGACAGCAUCUUCGUUAAAAUUCUCCAGAAGCUCAUUCAAGAAGGUGUUCCUCUGCAGUCGUAUCUGCCGGACGUGAAGGAUCUGCUGCAAGUGGAGGAGCUGGACUGCCUCAAAUCCAAGCCCUUCUUCGAGUUCCUGCUCAGAGCAAAUUACGAGCACUACCUCCAGUCUCAGAUCUGACCUCCGGCUUCACACCAUCCCACCCACUUCACACCAGGCCACCUGUUUGUAUAGGACUUCACUGUUUUUCUACUGUUUAUUUGGCCUCCCUGUGAGUUCUUUCAAUAAAUGCUUUAUUUCUGUA